AUGCCGAACGAAAUAAGAGAUAUCAGCUCGGUUGACAGCGGGUCAUUUCCUUACAUCUUCGAACAGAAUGUAGAUGUGCCUCUCAAGUCUACUAGCGGUCUUGUUCGCGCGAACGUGUACAGGCCCAAAACCGAGGAUGGCGCCCGUGUCCCUGUUAUUGUCACUUAUGGGCCCUACGGAAAGGAUAUUCAUUACAAGGAUUUUCACCCCACAUCGUAUGCUGAAGUGAAUCCGGAACAUCACUCAGACCAUUCGGCGUGGGAAACCCCAGAUCCAGGUUUCUGGACAUGCAAUGGAUACGCCGUUGUUCGCGCCGACGAGCGCGGACUUGGUCAGUCACCAGGUGUUUUGGACACCAUGUCUCGCGGAACCAGUGAUGCUUUUUUUGACGUGGUUGAGUGGGCAGCAGAACAGCCAUGGUCGACGGGCAAAGUUGGUCUUUUGGGAAUAAGCUACUAUGCUGGAAGCCAAUGGCGUGUUGCAGCUCGCCACCCUAAAGGAUUAUGCGCUAUGAUUCCUUGGGAGGGAAUGUCAGAUUACUACCGUGACCGAUGCCGCCAGGGAGGAAUCCUGUCCAACGGAUUCAUCAAAUUUUGGUGGAACCGCCAAGUUACCACUAAUCAAUACGGCCGGCCAGGAAGGUCUGCUCGUAAUUGGGGACCCAAUACUAUUGAAGGAGACCUAAUCGAGGAGGAGCUUGCGGCCAAUCGCAACGACCAGACCGAGGAUAACGCAUCAAAUAAGUUCCGCGACGAGCCUUAUUACGCCUCCAAGGAAUACCAUAUGGGUGAUAUUCAAGUUCCUUUGCUGAGCGUGGCUAAUUGGGGUGGAAUAUGCUUGCAUCUUCGUGGAAAUGUUCAGGGAUGGCUCUGGGCGGGCUCAGAAUUCAAGUAUCUGCGAUUCAUUACUGGUCGUCACGAUCUUCCGUUCUAUUACCAUGAAGAGGUCGAAAUCCAAAGAAGCUUCCUCGAUGCAUUCCUCAAAGGUGAGGACAGCGAGGGAUGGUCCGUUAAGGGCAAAGUGGCUCCCGUCAGUGUUCUUUUGCGCAAAGGCGACGUCGGAUUCAACGACGCCGAAGCAGAAAAAGUCUACACUCGACGUGAGGAAAAAGAAUGGCCAAUCGGCCGAACGCAAUAUACAAAAUUCUUCCUGGACUCGGCCAGUUCGCUUUCCACCUCGGAGCCAUUGGUGAAGAGAUCAGAGAAGCUAUCAUAUAAGGCACUAGGCACACUUGAUCAGCCUGAGCUACUCAGAUUUGAAACGAAGCCCUUUAAGACUGAAACAGAAAUCACCGGCCAUGUGGUGGCACACUUGAAUGUAUCUGUGACCCCAUAUUCUGGUAGUGAGUCAAUCCCAACCGAUAUCGACUUGUUUGUCACUUUACGAUACUUUGGUCCGAACGGAAAAGAAGUCUUCUAUACAGGCACAGCAGGCGACCCAGUUCCAUUGACCAAGGGCUGGCAACGUGUCAGUCUGCGCAAGAUUGACUCUACUCAUUACAAGAACAAGCCUUGGCUUCCUCAUCGCAAUUACACGUCUGUUGAUGUAGAACCAGUCAUUAUUGGAGAAGUCUAUCCAAUCGAUGUGGAGAUUUGGCCGACCAAUGUGGUUGUUGAGAAAGGAGGAAAAAUUGUGUUGGAGGUAGCAUCUGGCGACACACAAGGAGCUGGUAUUUUCUUGCACAAUGACCCAGUAGACAGAUCCAAAGAGAAACUCGACGGAAUGAACCAUAUCCACUUUGGUCCUCACUUUUCGAACUAUCUGACGCUACCAAUUAUACCAUAG